UAUAGUACUACUCCGCGAGAUGCGGUAUAAGUAGCCGGCCAGGUGUCCAGUUUCCCCUUGUCAAAGCUCAUCGCCAGCCGUGCUUCCUAUUUCCCUGAAGACUUCUCUGAAGGUCAACCCAGUUCCAAGCUUAGAUCUCGGCAAUGCGUCUCGCCAGCAUCAUCAUCGGCACACUCGCCACCUUGGCGACGGCCGCACCAACCCUCACUUCGCCAGCGAAUGACAGCCCGAUGGACAUGUUGGCCACCCUGAUGGAAAGAGACAUCAUUCAGUGCCCUUGCUACCCCAAUUGCGGUUGCAGAACGGGCAGCUACUGUUUCUGCAACGGUGCAUCGCAGUACGGCCCGAACGCGGCGCCCUGCACGAGCUCCGCUACAUGUGGCUGUUCAGGCACGGGUUACUGGGGCCAGUGCGAUGUAAGCGUUUGAAAGGGUUCCUAGCCUGAUGACUAACGGCAGCUGACAUGGUCCCUAGGCUCCGUAGAGAUCUUUGCGACAACGAGCCAGGUGUUCCACGGUGAGCCAACGUGACGACUUCAUCCUCUAAAACUCAAGCGCAGGCUCGGCGGGUGAUAGCUUCGAUACUGCAGACUGGGCUAGGGGCUGGGUGAAUGCGUCUCGAUGCUGGUACACACAAAUGAGU